UGUAGGAAGACAUUUGGGAUUUCUGCUGCAUUGAUGGUCUGCAGCUAUUUAAGGACCUCAACCUCUCACUGCUCAAACAUUCAGUCUCAUACACCAUCCAGAGAGUAUAGAGUAAAAGUGAGGGAAAAAUACAGUUCACUCAAGCAAAGGCAGCACUCAGCACAGUUCAUUCAGGCAACAACAAACACCAACUAUGGCUGGAGCAACUCUACCCGUCACUCAAACCAUAACUAUUGAUGUUCCUUUGCUUAACGACGAUAAUCACAAAGAGUGGAAAGAUGCUAUUCUCCUACAUUUGGGAUUAUUAGAGUUAGAUUACGCUGUUCUGAAUGAGGAACCCUCCGAGGUUACUGCAGAAAGCACUGACGAAGCCAAGCAGCUUCGUGCACGAUGGGAGAGAUCCAAUCGGUUAUGUGUGCACCUCAUUAAGUCAAAAAUUUCGAGAGAAAUUCGUGGUUCCAUUGAGGAAAUUCAGAAAACCAAGCCUCUGCUCAAGGCCAUUGAUGAUCAAUUUGUUGACUCAAAGAAAUCAUCGGCAAGUACUCUAAUAAUGCGAUUUAUCAACCUUCGUCUUACCACUGUUAAGGGCACGCGUAAACACAUCAUGCAAGUAAGGGAUAUUGCAGCUCAACUAAAGAAGCUGGAAAUCAUUUUACCAGAUACUUUUGUGGUGCAUUUUGCACUUAAUACCCUUCCUCAAGAAUAUAGCCCCUUUAAGAUUUCUUACAACACACAUAAAGUAGAUUGGUCUAUCAAUGAGUUGAUAACCAUGUGUGCGCAAGAAGAACAAAGGCUUAUGACUGAGAUUGGGGAAAACGCUCUAAUGGCCACAACAAAGUAUAAAAGAAAAUCUGGAAAGUCCAAGGGAUCCACCGUAGCAGCUAAGGGCAAACUGCCCCCAAAAGUUGACAUUAAGAAGAUACAGAAGUGUUUCUUUUGUAAAAAGAAGGGACACAUGAAGAAGGACUGUAUCAAAUUCAAGAAGUGGAUGUCCCAAAAAGGCUAUGACAAAUCUGAGACAGCCAACGGGAACUGAGUGUAGCAUCUUCUCUGGAAACAAGAUUGCGUCACCUGUAGAAGCUGUCGGAGUUUGUACUUUAAUUUUGAAUAAUGGUUUCGUUUUGACGCUAGAUAAGACAUUUUAUGUUCCUAGUUUCUCUAGGAACUUAAUUUCAGUUUCUAGACUUGUACCCUUUGGAUUUAAAUUUGAAUUUAAUGCCAAGUAUUUCAAGUUAUUUCAGAAUUCUACUUGUAUUGG